GGGGCGGUGCAAGAUGGCGGCGCUCGGGGCGCUGAACGCGGUGCUGGUGCCCACGCGCCUGGCGCGCGUAGCGGGAGCGCUGUGGGGCUGGCACGCGCGCCGGGGGCUCGGGCAGGAGGCAGGGGCCGCCGGUGAAGGAAAACCCGCCAAGCCUUCCUUCACGGAUGAAGCGGUUCAGAACCUGCUGUACAAAAUGACAGGGAUCAACCUGCAGAAAGUUUUUAGGCCGGUGAAAAAGGAGCUUACACCGCCCAAGUACAAGCUGAUGACAGAAGCUCAGUUGCAAGAGGCCACAAGAAAAGCCAUUGAAGAAGCUAAAGAAAAAUUAACCAUGCCCCCUGUUUUGAAUGAACGAAAGCCCAUUGAUGAUAUCUUAGCAGAAGACAGAUUCCUUGAAGGAACUGAAACUACAAAAUAUUUUACAGAUUUAACUUACUCCACUCCACAUCGUGAACGUUUCAUUGUAGUUAGAGAAACAAAUGGUGUAUUACGCAAAGCAACCUGGGAAGAACGAGAUAGAAUGAUACAGAUAUUCUUCCCACAAGAAGGGCGCAGAGUUAUUCCCCCAGUGUUAUUCCAGGAUGAACACCUUGGACUGUGUUUCAAGCAAGACCGUCAUGAGGAUGUCCUUAACAUGUGCAUUGCUCAGUUCGAGCCAGAUUCACCUGACUAUAUCAGAGUUCAUCAUCGGACAUAUGAAGACAUUGACAAACAUGCCAAGUAUGAUCUGUUGCGGUCAACACGACACUUUGGGGGAAUGGUGUGGUAUCUAGUGAACAGAAAGAAGACUGAUGGCUUAUUAAUAGAUAUGAUCCACAGAGACUUGCUGGAAGAUGCUACAGUUUGAUUACCAUUGUAUCAUAUGCUCCAUCCUGAAUGUCAAUCCGCAAAAGCUAAAGAAGGGAAACUUCAAGGAGUUGAUCUGAUCAAGGUAUUUGUGAAAACUGAAUCACAGAAAGAAGGUUAUAUACAACUGGCCCUCCAGGCUUAUGAAGAAGCAAUGGCUACUUCUACAGCAUCAUGAAAUAAACCUUACCUCAUCAUAAUUUUCAGUCUGUUUAAUAAACAUCUCUGUACAGGAUUACACAAUAAAUACUUUAAACAACU